UCUUCUCUCCUCCAUCUUCGCUUGAAGCUUCGUCGCCUACUGGGUAUCACUCGCUUCCCUGUUAUCCUCUCCGUAGUAAGUAGAGAGACCAUAGUUGGUAGAGGCGAAACCCUACCUGGUUCGUAGUUCAGCGACAGCAAUGAACAUGUAGUGGAAGCCCUAAAAACCAACCCUCCAAGGACCUGAAACGACUAGAUUAGUUAGGAUGGGCCAGGCAUUGCGCCGAGCUUCAGGCCGAGUCCGGAGUUCGAGUCCCGUGGCAGCGCCCCCCACAUCGGUUUCGCAUGUGAAGAAGAAUGUCGAGGAGCGGCGGCCACCGGCGGUUCCCGUUGAGUCAACGAAGAGCAGCGAAGGUGGAGCCACUGGAGUUCCCGAUUCAGUGGAUGUUUCAAGGGUGAACACUGAUAAUGUCCUUGAGGAGCGAAACCCACAAUAUGAUGCUAUGCUUAGUCAGAUGAUGGGUAGAAUUACAUCAAAACCUGGAGGGAAACUUGAAAUGGGUGAGGCAUUUGUUGUGGAGAAGUAUAAUCGCCCCAUGCCUAAACUGCGGGAUACAAAGCCAGGAUCAGGACGGUAUGAAGAAACUUCUGUUCCUCCAGGAACUUUGAAUGUGGCCCAGUUGCGGCAAAUCAUUCUUCUGCAUGAAGGCAAGGCUGAUGAUCAUGAUGGCCCUAUGGAUAUCCACCAGAUUGCUGAGAAGUUCCGGCUUGAUACAGGGCAGGUUCAGAGGAUCUUGCAAUUCCUAUCACUGCCUCCAGAAGACAGCAGCAAACAGAAAGAAAGGCUCUGAUGAGAGUUUCUUUUGCUCUCCUAACAAUUCCAAAUGAUGGGGAGCUCUUGAAUGAUAAGAAUGAAAGUACCAAAGAAUUUGAAGAAAUGUUUAGAAUCUGCUACAUAGCAGAAGAAACGGAGAUACUGUGUGUAGCUCUUCUUCAUGUGUAGGAAGUUUUGUCUGAGGAAUCGCCAAAUUUUGUGCUUGUUCGGGGCUGUGCCUUGAUAUCUACGAUACAAUUUUACAAACCCCCCCCCCCCCCAAAAAAAAAUCUGAGAUAGAAAGCAGGAAAUGUUUAUUAUGUUACAAUAAUCAAUAAAUGGUGUUCAUUUGUUC